GUCUGCAUAAUAUUAACAUGUUAUUACCAGAGGUGUUUUAGAUAUUGAUCCUGUAGUCGGUGGUAGUUAAACUCACUCCCCCACUUCACAGGUCCAUACCUGCUUUUCUAAUUUAAUAAGACAAGUGACAGGAAAUUUUGUAAAAAUGCCCAAGAGGAAGUCACCCGAGGGAGCAGAGGCCAAAGACGCCACCAAAGUUACAAAGCAGGAGCCCACUCGGAGGUCAGAGCGUCUUUCCUCAAAACCAGCUCCUCCUAAACCUGAACCAAAAGCCAAAAAGCCAGCUGCCAAGAAGCCAUCCAAUGACAAAGUGGUAAAGGAGAAGAAGGGCGGAGCCAAAGGAAAGAAAGAGGAGAAAGAAUCGGCGCCCACUGCAAAUGGAGAGACCAAGCCAGAGGAGAUCUGUGUCUCACGCUCAUCUGUCAGUGUGUCAUCAUGGAGAAGUUCCGCCCCCUCCUUCCUGUCCAUCCGAGGGCAGAGUGAGAGUGUUAGAGUCAAGGGUAUGAGAGUUUGUAGAGUGCAGUGUGUGCUUGUGUGCUCUUCACCAUCAGAUCUAGAUAUAUUCAACCAUCUCUAACAAAAAGCAGAAUUAAUUACAUUGUGAAUGAUUGGUAGCCAAGGUUACCAAAAUGUUCAGUGCAUUAAUUUUUUUUGAUAUUAUGGAUCACACUUUUUUGUGAUUUUGAAGUGUGAUAUUCCAGAGUGUACCCAAUUGUAAUAAUAAUUACUGUUUUCAAAAAGGUUUCCUGAACAUUCAUUGGUCAAAUAAACACAUUUUGUCAGUCUAUCCACAUAUGGUUAGGAUAAAAGAAAGUGUUUAUUUAAAAAUACACACUUUUACCUUGAAUUUAAUUAAUUAAAAUUUAAGUUGAUUUACUUGUAAUUACGUAAACAUAAGUAUAUGAAUGCACUCUUUUAUCUGUUUUGUUCUGUUGUUUAUUAUAAGGAAAGUUGUUGAGUUUUAAGGAAAAAUUCACCCAAAAAUGAAAAAUUGCUUAAAAAUGUACUCACCCUCAGGCCAUCCAAAAUAUAGAUGAGUUUGUUUCUUCAUCAGAACAGAUUUGGAGAAAUUCAGCACUACAUCACUUUCUCACCAAUGGAUCCUCUGCAGUGAAUGGGUGCCAUCAGUAUGAGAGUCCCAAAAGCUGAUAAAACCAUCAAUAAUCCAUAAGUAAUCCAAACGACUCCAGUCUGUAAAUUAACAUCUUGUGAAGCGUAGAGCUGCGUGUUUAUAAAAAACAAAUCCAUCAUUUAGACGUUUUUAACAUCAAACCAUUACAAGUCCUCUUUGAUUAAUACUACAUUCUGUAGUGAAAAAGUCAUCUCAUCUGAAUCAAGAGAGAAAUAUGCUGAGAUCAAGCACCACUUCAAAACAGUUAAAGAUAAAACACCUUAAUACUACAAACAAAGCAGCUUUUCACUUUACAGGAUACUAAUUAAUGGACUAGAGCUUUGCCGAUUACUUGUGGAUUAUUGUGAUGUGUUUAUCUGUUGUUUGGACUCUCAACUUGACGGCACCCAUUCACUUAAGAGGAUCCAUUGGAGAACAAGUGAAGUGCUAAAUUUCUCCAAAUCUGUUCCGAUGAAGAAACAAAUGGAAAUAGAAUGAGUACAUUUUCAGCCAUUUUCAUUUUUGAGUGAACUAUUCUGUUAACAUAUUCUUUUAUGAUUUCCAAUAUGAGGUAAGUUGUGGUCAUCAUUUGUAUGUGGAUUUACUCAUACUAACUGAGUGGCUUUUGUUCUGUCUGUCUGACUUCACAUCAGGUAAUCUAACAGUUUUAGAAAAACUUAAGUCCUAUCAAAACAUUCUAUGCAUUAGGAAAUCAUAUUCUUUUUCUUCUGUGCUUUUUUCCCCUCUGUAUAGGAAACUGAGCCCAAGACUGAGGCGAAAGAGUGAUUGAAGUUAUCUUUGAAUUA